UUGUUCGGUACUGGCAGUGGUACUGGCACUGGUAUGGUACUCAAGAUAUUGUGAGGCUCUCUUUUAAGUUUCAAGACAAGACUCAGUUGUGAGUUAGCUUACGGAGAAGUCACACGUGAAUACAAAAUUUUUAUUUGUCCGCGCGUAAAGUCUACAAGAAUUGACCAAAAACUUAACUUAAUAAACAACAGCAACAACAACAAGUGAAUAUAAAAUAACUAAAUAGCUAGUAAAAAAAAAGAUUUCCAUUGAUUUGACCGUAACGGGACAGGUUUUUCGUUCGUUUUCGCGUCUUGGAAUGCAUGUUGAGCUUGAGAUCAACGUUUUUAUGUACAUUAUGCGAUUGAGUGAGUCUUCGAAAUCAAUUUUGUUGGAUUAACUAAGGAUAUUUUUGCAUUUAAACUUUAACUUGAUUAAACAAACUAAAAGUUACAAAGAUAUCGAACUCAAAAUGAUAUCGAAAGAUACAACCACCUCCAAAUGAUAAUAACAAAUUCAAUAUCACUAACCAAAUACAUCGCAUUUUUUCCAGUGAAGGGUCAACGAAACGUAGGCAUAACUGGUUCAGUUCGCCCAUUUACUUUAAAAUAUCAAAUAAUAUCUUCAAGAUAAAACAAACAACAACUUAAAAGCUGUGCGCGGUUGAUUAAAAUAAAAAUAAAAAUAAAAACAAGAUAUCCAGAAUGGAAGCCGAGGAAAUUACAAAACUAGUUGAUGGAGUCUAUAAGAACAUUCUGGAGAAAUUCAACCCUGGUGCUAGACAACUGAUAACUGCCGGCAAAGCGUACUUGAAGGCCUUACAUGGUGCUGCUUCUGCUUCAAGAAUGUUCAAUGAGGCGUUAGCUAAGAUUGCCAUGAAUGCUCAACAAAGUGGCACUGGAGAUAUUGGUUCAGCACUAAUGAAUGUUGUCACAGUAUAUAAGGAAAUCCAAGAUCAACAGAUGAACAUUCUUAAGGCUUUCUAUGUUGACCUCCUCGUGCCAUUAGAGACAAAUUUAGAAAAGGAUACAAAAGUCGUUCAGCAUGAACAAAAGAAAUUCAUGCAGCAACAUAAGGUUCGAACGGAAAGUUAUCAAAAGGCUAUAUCGACAAUGAAAAAGCAACGUAAAAAAAAGAACAGCCCGGAGAAUACUGAAAAAGAAAUCAAGAGCCUUCAACUUUUAGAUGAUCAGAAAAAGAAGCUAGAUAACUUUUGUGAACAAAGUUACAAAAGUGCAAUGACACAAGAGCGUCGCAGAUAUGGUUUUGUAUUAGAAAGACAAUGUUCAAUAUCGAAACAUUGGAUGGCUUUCUAUGCCCACGGAAAGAGUGUCAUCGAAAACAACUUGGAUAACUGGCAAGAAGUCGCUUCCUCCAGAGAAGUUAUCCCUACAGUUUAUGAUAGUAACUUUUUGCGGCGAAUGGAAAAACUUAAAGAAGAUGAAAGCCAUUCUGGAUCGUCAAUGCUUAAAAAAGCCCGGAGCGUAGAUGCUCCCUAUGGUGAUAUGAGAACCCUCAAUGAUCACAAUUAUUCCCAAAAUUCUCUGCCCCGUGCCAAAUCAGACUUUAAUCUAACAGCUUCAGCAUCUAACAUUAGCAAUGAAAAUUGGGAUCAAAGACCUGUUGUUAAGGCCUUAUAUGCAUACAUGCCAUCGGGAGAGAACCAACUACCAUUUGCUGAAGGAGACAGAGUGGCCUUAGUUGGUACUAAGGCCAAGGGCUGGCAAUUUGGAGAAAAUUUACGAACCCAAAUGUUCGGAUGGUUCCCUAUUGCCUAUACAAAUGCCGAACAAAAUGAAAAGAAACCAGAUCGGGACCGAGAAAGGGAUAGUAGUUAUGAGAAUGUACAAUUUGAUCGCAAUGGUAUGAGAGGUUACCAGGAAUACCUUUCAAAUCAAGCAGAUGCAGCUGCCGAAAGUGACUCUACUUAUCGAAAGAGGAAUAAUAGUGCAGACGAAUCAUCACCAACCAGGAUGUUUGGAGAUACCAUCAUGUAUAGAAAUCAGAAAAAGUAUCGUGGGGUCACAGGAGGAAAUCCAAAGCCAGGUCCUCCACCAACACUGCCAGCACCAGUGCCAUCUGGAAGCAAUUCCAGUCGAAUGCUUAACUCAUCGCAAAGCUUCUGUUUACCUAAUGGACCUCCUUUGAUAGAGCGAAGAAAGCAUAAGAAUCAGAACGGUCCUCCACCAACACAGCCAAUGACACAUGGCCACCAGAAGCACCUACGUGAGGGAACUGCCAAAACAUCAUUGCAUAGUAGUAAUGACAGUGGUUUUGCAAACGAACCCCCACCACAGCCAGAGGUUGAUUACUCCGAUGAAGAACAUUCCAAUAGAGUUCCCAUAAGACGUAGAAACGAUGCUAGCUACAAGUCAUCCAGAGAAGUUAACUCCUGGACUUUGAGUAGAAACUUUAAGAGUAGCACUGACAACGAACAAAAAGUGUCAACAAUACUUAGAAGACCAAUUAAACAGUCAACGAGCUUUGAAAAUAUCAUUGCAAGUGAUGAUGAGAUUCUAAAUGGAGGUGGAGGUAUAAAACGAACGAAGUCCUUUUGGAGAUUCGGAAAAUCCGAUGAAGUAUUAGCGGGAAUGUCGUUAUGGCGUCACAGAGACCUUGUCCAACUUCCAGAACCUGAAGCCGAUGAUAAAACAAUGGAAAGACUUCAGCCGAAAUCUGAAAAAUCCCCAAGAUCAUCUGUUCUUUUAGGGAAAAAUUCUUCCCGCCAAUCAAUAUCUUCCAACGAGACCAAACAACGAAAAGAAAGUUCUUCUACUGUUGAGAACUUCGAAGAAGAAAACAUCUACGGAGUUACUCCAAUGCAUGAAGACACUAUUCAAAGAAAAUACAAUGCACACCAGAGCUUUCAGGAAAAGCAUAUGCCGAAAUCAAGAAUGAAGAUAAUGAAGACAAUUGAAAUCGACAUUGAAAACCCUUCAGAUGCUGAGCGGAUGAACAGUUUGAAACAUGGCCAAAAUAACGAUUAUAGGGAAAACGCUCAACAAUCUGUCAGCAGUAGAACUCAUCAAAAACAAAAAGUCCAAUCAGGAACUAAUUUGAGCAAUGGAAAGUCUUCAAAGAAAGCAAACAAUAAACAAGCUAGCAAUGGAAAGCAACUUAUGCAACAGAAGAUGAUAAGUAAGCCCCGUGAACAACCUUCUUCGGAGGACAGUGAAGAUAAUGAUGAUGAUGAUGACGAUGAUAAUGGAACAUUGAAAAUGAGUGAUGUAAAUAAUUUUUUCGAUGACAUUGCUGCCCAAGAAACUGGAAUGGUAAUGAAAACUGUUAAACGACAAGAUAUUCUCAAGCAAUAUUACACCAGUGAAGACGAGGAAUCUGAUGUUGACAUAAAGUCAACAAGUUCUGACCCAUAUGACUGCAUCGUUAUAAAUGACCAUCUUGUUCGGAAGGAUGACAAGAAUCGAAGACAUGUGAACUCCUACCAGAAGCAAAUGGAAUUUCAAACUUUCAGAUCUAUUCCAAAAAAGUCAUCUGGUAAUAACAGCAGCAAACCUAGUACACUUAACAAUAGCAGUGCUAAAAAUGAUGAACACCACAAAAGGAACUCCGAGUCAUAUAUGGUGGACUCGAAAUCAAUGGGUCAAACAGCGACAAUCUUGCCACGUACCAGACUCGUAAAAUCAAGUAAUUUGACGCUAGAAAAGAAUCUGAAGAAGACAAAGGAAAACAAUGCAAACCUUAACGCCGAAAACGGAAAAAGCUUUUCCAAGACCUAUGGUCCAUGGUAUGACUUUUGGGAUCACCAAGACCAACAGUCUGAGGACCAUUCUCUUCACAGUUCGAAAGUUAUAAAGAAUUAAGUUUGUCAUUUUGUUUUAAAAUAUAUGUUACUUGAAAUACCCAAUCCAAAAAAAGUGAUUCUCCAACGAAGGAAUAGUGAAGAUACAUCGAUAAGUUCAUGUUCUCCCAGUGCAUAGUUUAUAACUUAUUGUUUGAUUUAGUAAAAAAAGUAUCAGAGAACCUGAGCUUAUAUUAUUUGCUUUUAUUUUUGCAAUAAUGAUAAAAGUUGGUAAUAUUUGAACACAAACAAUUGACAGGUUCGGACGACAUAAGGGCAAGUUUCUAUUAUCUGAUUGUCCAGCUCCUAAAAAUUUAGCCUGUUAAUUUGGGCAAUUGAAAGCUAAUUAAGAAAAAUCUUCCUAACUUUCACAUCAGAUAUUAAGUGUGCUUGUGUUAGAAUAUCAGGUGGUAACAUUUUUCAUUUUACUGAAUAAUUUCAUUUUAUCAUUUUAAGAAAAAUAUUUUUUGUCAAAUUGGAAAAGGAGUAAAUAGCACUAUUUCACGACGGUUUUGAUUUGCAUCUUGUAUGAAGAAGAACAUUUUGUAGAUAAUUAUCUGUAUGUGUUCUGAAGAUGAAGGUUUGUGAAGUAAAUUUACAUGUUUGAAAUUAAUAGCACCUGAAAACGUAAUUAUUUUCCAUUGUCUAAAUUUGUGUGCAGUUUACUGCAAAUGAAGUCCCAUAUGUUGGCUUAACCUGUCCAAAGACUUGUGCUUUAACUUUUGGAAGAGUUUUAUUUCUGUACUUUAUGUCACUUUCUUCUUCCUAGCACCUUAUAUAUAUAUAUUGUAUACUUUUUAAGUGUUGGUUCUUAACAGUUUGACAAAAUUGAGAAGUGUGCCCAUUUCGAAGACUCAAUUUCUUAUCUACCAUUCUAUAGAAUUUGUUCUUUUAUAGAAAUAAUACUUAUGUUGUAUCGAUGAGUAUCUUCAAAAGUGGAGAAAGGAAAUCAUAAAACGAAUAAUGUGCAAAGUUCAAUAGGAAUAUGUAUGGGUUAAGCUUUAGAGGCUUGGGUUUAUCUAGGAGCGUGCUUCAAAAUAACCGGAUUGAAAAGGAACACUCAAACUAUAAAUAUUUCAAAGCAAGUUAAAUUUGAAGAGUAGAAAAUUAAUUAUUUUUGGCCACAUAACCCCAGUUAUAAGAACUUGAUGGGCUUCACGUUUUACUUAGUUGUUUUUAUGAAACAUUAAUAAUUUUUGUUGGGUAUUUUUGUCCGCAUUGAACUCACCAUAUUUUUUUGUGUAACGUAUGACAACCGCUUAAAACAUAAAAAACACAUAUUAAUUGUAUAUUAAAAUUACCGUAAGAUGCUUAUUUUUAUGGAAGUGACUACAGAGAUGCCAAUUUAUGACCUUUUUUUUAAGAUUUAAAGAUUCAGUCGACGAGGUCGGCGUUAUUUUAAUGCAUAUACCGGAAAUGGCGUUAUAAAUUGGCAUAACCCUAGUCCCGUCCUAUUUUUAUAUUACAUACCUACCUACAUUUUAUAUUUUAAUUGUUUUGUUUGUAUAUUAUGCAAUAUAAAUAUUUUAUAUAUAUUUAAAUUGUUACAUUUGUUGUAUUGUAUGCUUUCUGUUAAAAGCAAGUGCUAUAAAGUCUUUUAUCUAUUUUGUACAUUUAUAAAAACACACAAUAUACUUCAUAUACAAUAUAUACAUUGGUUUAAAAUUGAAAUAAAUUGGAAUAAAAAUAAGGUACAUUAUA